GAUGCCGUGCCGCCCGGGCGAGCGCUUCCUGCUGCUGGAGCGCCCGGUCGCCGUGGGACAGGCGGGCUCCAAGGACGUGGACGCGCUGGUGGCCAAACUGGGCGAGGUGCUGCAGCUGAGCGCCCAGCGGGCGCCGCCGCCGCCCCGCGCCCCCAAGCACCUGGGGCCGGGCAGCGCCCGCGACCGCGCCGCCCCCUACUCGCCGCGGUGCUGCAGCGGCGGCGGGGCCGGGCUGCUGGCGCCGCGGGGUCCGGCCCCACCGCAAGCCCAGUCGCAGCACGCCGAGACCCCGCGGCCGGACCGGAGCGGCCACCAGCGGGUGACCAAGCAGCUGUGCGGCCGCGGCUGGCUGCGGAGCGCCGCCCGACGGAGGAAGCAGCCGCCGCCGGGGCCGGGCGACGGUCCGGCGGACGAGGAAGACCCGCACCGGCUCCUGCAGCAGCUCAUCCUCUCCGGCAACCUCAUCAAAGAAGCCGUCCGGCGGCUGCAGCUGGCGGCGGCGGCGGCGGCAGCGGCGGCAUCCGCGGCCUCCAGCGGCAGCGCCUCGGCGGGGAGCGGCGGCAUGGACGGCGAGGCGGCGGCGGCGGCGGUGCAGCCCCUGCAGUAGCCGGCGGGGCCGAGCGGCGGUGACCGGGGCGGAAGAGCGCGGCCGCUGGCGGCGGCGGGGCCCCGCCGGGCGCGCUGCGGCAGCGCGGUGCGGGCUCUGCCAGGAUGUAAGUGUGUCCCGGCGGCGGGGCUUCCCCCCCGGUGCCGGUGCCGGUGGGGCGAGGAGAGUGCCCGAGCUCCCCCGCCCCAAGGUCACCCACGGUACGGACCCCGCCGAGCCCCGCAGCUCGCCCACCAGCGGAGGCCGUGCACGCCGCCGGCCCCGCGCUGUUGUUGUGCCCCCCUACCUCCUCUGCCUUCCUGGGAGCUCCUCCUCCCCCCGUCGGGGCAGCCCGGCCGGGGCCGCGGACCCCCCUGCCGCCGGUCCCCGCUGCCGCGGAGCUGCUCCGUCUCCCAGGAGCCAUUUGCAAUAAUCCUCGCUGACCCCGGCGGGAGGUGUUUCCUUUCCCCUCCCGGGCUGGUUUGUUUUGGUUUUUUUUGUUGGGGGUUUUUAUUGUUAUUUUAACGUUUAUUGUUAUUAUUUCUCGUUGUGACUGUAUGAAGCAGUUUUAAAAAAAUGUGAAUAUCAAAGCUGGAAGGCAGCUGGACUUAACAAAUAAGUGAGUGGAGCCUGAGGAUGCAUUGUUCGCAUAAGGUAGCUGAAACAAGUUUUUUCUACCAAAAAGAAAAACCCUAAAUCCACCCUUCCCCAACAAACGCAAUGGCUCAAGUACAAGAUGCAGCUGUUGAUUUUAAAUAUAUGCACUUCGUACCGGAGCGUUUGAAAUGUGUUCCUGAUUUGCAGGAUUUACUGUCUUAAUUAACCUGUCUGUAUUGAAUAAACGUGGUCUUGUUUAUA